GUGGUAUAUUAUUACGUCUUGUGUGUUGGUUGUUUGAACGAUAAUUCUGGCUACAUUUAGUAUUUUAUCUUUUCAAACAAAUGACGCGCAUGUAAGUAACAAAACUACACGCAGAUUUGUGCACAACUGCUUUACAAAGCGGUUCUGCGUUCAGUCAAUAACCCUUGGAGAUUUUCCCUGCUAGUGCUAGCUGGAAAUUCGUCAUCUGACUUGUUGGUUCAUUAUUAUAACUCGUCAGUCAGCCGGCCACUCGUAAUGGAUGCUGAAGCCGCGGUCCCCGAGGAGCCCGAGAGGAAGCGCAGGGUGCACGGCAUGUUGAAGCUUUACUAUGGGCUAAACGAAGAAGGAAAGGCCGAUGAGAAACCGCAAUCACUGGAUCCCUGUGACAUCAACGGGCCACAUUUUGACCCAGAACACUACCUGAACAAGCUUCGAAAAGAAUGUUCUCUUCCUGAGCUGAUGAGCCAUGAGACCACCAUGGUGAAGCAAAUCCGUUCAUUGGACAGUGACAUGCAGACUCUGGUAUACGAAAACUACAACAAGUUCAUAUCGGCCACAGACACCAUAAGAAAGAUGAAGAAUGAUUUCAAAAAGAUGGAGGAUGAAAUGGACUGUCUGUCUGCAAACAUGGCGACGAUCACUGACUUUAGUGCUCACAUCAGUGGUACCCUUGAAGACAUGCAUGCUCAGAUUACAAAACUCUCAGGGGUUCACACGUUGUUAAGGAAAUUACAGUUUCUGUUUGAACUGCCUGCAAGACUAAACAAAUGCUUGGAGCUACAGGCCUAUGCUCAGGCAGUGAAUUGCCACCGGCGUGCUCGCUGCGUGCUGCAGCAAUACAGCCACCUGCCUUCCUUCAAAGGCAUCCAGGAUGACUGUCAUGCUAUCAUGGAAAAGCUGGCGCUGGAGCUUCGGCAGAAGUUCAGGGACGGUGGCUCGAGCGCUAAAGACUUAUCUGAGUGUGUGGAGCUGCUCCUGCAGUUGGAUGAGCCUGCAGAGGAGCUGUGUGAAAAGUUCCUCAGCCAUGCGGGCUCGCGUCUAGAGCUGGACCUGCAAGGCCUGGAGGCUGAGAUAAGACCGAACCCGUCUGCUUCAGGCGUGAACGAUGCGUCACGCUGGCCUUCACCUAGCGCCACUGCCGGAUCUGUACGUGACAGCACUUUGAAAACAAGCCUUGUCCCUUCUCCCUCCUCGAAUACUGACAUAUUAGAGUUCAUCGACAGAGGUUGCAAUGAGUUUGUCAGCAGCUUAUGUUUAGUAAUUACAUCUUAUCAAGAACUCUUCAUCAACCACGCUCAGAAAGGUGACCUGGCGUCCAAGAAUAUACCUCAGAUGGCGAACAGCAAGCUGCUCGCCUUCGUCAAUGAUCUAUCAGCCCGAUAUUUCUCGCUAGUCGAGCGAAGGAUUCAAGAGGAAAAAGGCGUGGCAGAUAACUCCCUCUUGGUCCGUGCCCUUGACCGAUUUCACCGCAGGCUCCAGGCGGUGACCAAGCUGCUCCCCGGCUCCUCAGUGGCUACCCGUGGAACGGAUAUCGUGAUCCGCGCCGCAACAGAGCGAGUCAAGCAGUACCUGGCUGCUCUCCAGAGCUUCUACAUGGACAGCUUGACGGACGUAAGGCAAGCUCUGGCGACGCCUCGUCUCUCGCUGGCUGCUUCGGGGGCCGGAUCUCAUCUAAGCGGCCCGGUCUCUGGCAGAGAUGCGCCUAGCGGCCUCCCAGAGCUGCUGUCCUCCCUGUCAGCUUCUAUCCUCAACCAGAUCAAGUCAGUGUUGGCAUCUGUGCAUCUCUUCACAGCCAAGGACAUCACUUUCUCCAACAAGCCGUACUUUAAGGGGGAAUUCUGCUGCCAGGUUGUCCGUGAGAGCAUGGUUGUCAGUUUUAUCAAAUUUGUGUGUCAGUCCUCUCGUCAGUUUUGUGAGAGUGCAGGAGACAAGGGAGGGUCCACCCCACCGGCUCUCCUGUUGCUUCUCUCUCGACUCUGCUUAGAUUAUGAAACCUCCACGAUCUCAUACAUACUCACUCUUACUGAUGAACAAUUCCUGGCACAGCAUCACAGUCCAGCAACGGCCGUCACUGCCCUAUGUGCAGAAGCCAGGGAAGCGGCACAGAAACUACUGAACCAUUAUGUCAAGGUUCAGGGCCUAAUUAUUUCGCAAAUGCUCAGAAAGAGCGUCGAAACACGAGACUGGGUGAACACCAUCGAGCCCCGAAAUGUCCGUGCGGUGAUGAAAAGAGUUGUGGAAGACGCUACCUCAAUUGAUGUGCAGGUGGGUCUUCUUUAUGAGGAAGGUGUGAGGAAAGCGCACAGUAGCGAUUCAAGCAAAAGAACUUUCUCAGUCUACAGCAGCUCAAGGCAGCAAACUCGUUAUGCAGCAAGCUACACACCAAGCGCUCCCAUGGACACUAAUUUACUGAGCAACAUCCACAAGCUGUUUUCUGAACGAAUUGACAUCUUUAGCUCAGUGGAGUUCAACAAGGUCUCUGUGAUGACGGGAAUUAUAAAAAUCAGCUUGAAGACAUUCCUGGAGUGCGUGCGGCUGCGCACUUUUGGCCGCUACGGGUUGCAGCAAAUUCAAGUUGACUGUCACUACCUACAAAUGUACUUGUGGCGCUUUGUCUCUGAUGAGAACCUAGUACAUUUCCUGCUGGAUGAAAUUGUGGGGAGCUCCGCCCACCGCUGCCUGGAUCCUGCCCCGAUGGAGCAAAGCGUCAUUGAAGUUAUUUGUGAACGAGGUUGAAGUUCAAGGUGCAGCAAUGAAUAGCCAACCAGAGUGACGCAAAACUACUGGAUGUUAUCAAACACUGGAGUCUCAGAGUAUAUUCAGUGUAUUGCUGAAUGUGAAUUAUGGCAUUAAAGCAUUCAUCAGUGUAAUAACUCAGUAAAACAUCCCUUUCAAGACACUCGACCCCAGACUAGUAAAUAUGCACUAGGUGUCUAGUGCCACUCCUAUGCCUAAUUUUUUUCUCGUUCGUUAUUUUCUAUGGUAAUCCAAAUUCUGCAAAUUAAUUGAAGGAUUUGUCAUGUAUGUAUGUAGGUAAAUGGUGAAUGGCACUGUUGAUAUUUGUAUUUAUUCAUAGCAAAUCUUAGCUCAUUGGCUGCCAUUGACAACAACAGCAGUCUAAUCAAUUGUAAUUGGGAGCACAGGCAGCGAAUGAACGAAGGUUCUAUGUUGCCAUUGGCAACUUGCCAACCUCCCAGUUCAAAUGGAUUGGACGUCUACUAGUGAUAAACCCUUUUAAAUUCACAGCGCAAGGAAGAAAAGAGCCUAAUUUAAAUUUCAGAAGACUGCAUUAACAUACAGUAUGGGCUUAAUCAUGGAAUAUGAUUGCUACAUAAUUGAUGGCCAGGUUGGCGUUUUGUUCUUUUUUAAACAUUAUCAGAUAACAAAUCAUGUUUGGCACUUAAUUAAAAACUAAUGUAAAUCACUGUGCAGUGUCCAUGUUUUAUAUUUACACAAGUAUGGGCAUUUGAUUUGAUUGCACAUUUAAUUCAAUUUGUUCAAUAUUGCAUAAUGUUUUAAAGGGUCAUUUUGGGUCAUAAUUUUACAAUAUGUUCUGUUUGUAUGUCAGACAUCUGCACCGUAGUGCAGCUGAUGUUCGCAAGGAUUUUCUGACUUUGGCUUAGCAACAAGUUUCUUAAUAGAUCUUGGAAAAUAAUAUUUUUUUCUAAAUUAUUUAAAUUCAGAUGAUGCAUUUUGUCAGUAUCCUUUUGAAGAAUAAUCCAAACAUAAAAAAUGUAGACAGUAAUCAGAACAAAGCAAUUGCUGACUAAAAUUCUUUGCAUGUAAAAGCACAACCGCUUUGUAUUUGAACGCAACAUUUAGAUGAAGUUUAAAUGUGUUAAGUAUUGUGUGUAACAAACAUAUGAACUG